CACAAGAGGGCAGCACUAGGCUUUUGCUGCAUCGUUUGAAGCCCAAUCAAAUGAAGAAGCUGAUGACGGAAGUAGAUCCACAGUCACCCCGCUGCAGUCAGACACACUGCUACACGACAUUGAGCUUCAGACAUGUCUGCAGGUUGUGUGAGGUUUGUGCUAAGUCACGCAGUGAGAACUAUGUGUAUUGGCAGCCCUAUCUACUGGACAUCUGCAUCAAGAUUUACAAUAUGUCGUGUAAGAUACAACAUUGCUGCUCCCUCCUGGAGAUGGUCUCAGUUCUCCACAGAAGGGCAUGGUGCAGAAGAGACUGCAGAAGAGACUCCUGCACCUAAGAAAAAAAAGAAGGACCCUGGAGCUCGUAACUCAAUCAGCAGUGUUGGCCGUAAGAUCCCUUACCGUCAGAUCCAAGUGAUAAGUGAGGCUGGUGAGAACCUGGGCACCAUGCACCGUGCAGAUGUGAUCAGGAUGAUGGAUGAGGAGGGUCUGAAAUUGGUGCUACUCAGUGAAAACAAAGAUCCUCCAGUGUACCGCUUGAUGAGUGGCAAACAGAUCCACGAAGAACAGAUGACACUGCGAGAGAAAAAGAAAGCGAAAGCAGCUCCUGUGCAAGUGAAGGAGCUCACCUUUUCAUGUGGCAUUGCAUCUCAUGACCUGAGCACCAAACUGAAACAAGCGGAGAGCUGGCUGGAGAAGAAGCACCAUGUGAAGAUUACUCUACGGUCAGGACAUGCACCUGCAGUCAACCUGGACACAACUCUAGAGGAAAUGGUGAAACAAAUGGAGGUAAUUGUGGGAUUCGUCGCCAAGCCGAAAGUCGUCCGUGAUGGUCGAGCAGCCACGUGCAUCCUCCGACCGCCUUCAGCAAAGGAACUAAAAGAAAAGAACAAGGUCUCAGAGCCGCAGUCUGUCAGCUCCACUUCAAAGGCCUCUCAGAGCAAAACGUCCGCUGUUACCAGCACAGAAACAACAGAAGGAUCCAUACAGCAGUGAUUUGAGGGAAAUAAAACUUUUUCACAAAA